UCAUUCAUUCAUUUCAUUCGGUCAUUUUGCGUUGCAUGCGCUGUUGAAGGGCAAGAUUGUUUUGUCAUUUCGUUGUAAAAAUCUUAAAAUUUAAAUAAUUUUAUCAAGUGUACAAUUGUAUGCAUUAUCAAUAAAGUGUGUUGUUAGAUUUACUGUUAAUUUAGUCUUCUAGUUAUUUAGGUUGCCACAAUGGCGGUGCUGGCGGCAGCUCAGCUGCUUGAUGAAUUGAUGGGCAGACAUCGGAAUACAAAUCCGAAUGAAAAAAUCAAAAAGCCGAAUUGGGAGGAUCCCGAGUACUGCAAAUAUUACAUGGUGAAGUUCUGUCCACAUGAUUUGUUUGUAAACACCAGAGCAGAUCUUGGUGCCUGUCCGAAAGUUCAUGACGAUGAAGUCAAAGAGCUGUUUGAGAAGGCAGAGUCCUCGUACAAGAAGGCACAAUACGUGGAAGAGUUCUUACGUUUCUGCCGUCACAUGAUCAACGAUGUUGAACGAAAAAUCCAAAAGGGUAAACAAAGGUUAGAGUUAAUGAACUCGAAACCUGAUGGUCCACCCAUGACUCAAGCACAGACUGAGAAAAACCAGGAACAGGUUCAAUUGCUAUCAGAGAAGAUAACAUCAUUAGUACAAGAAGCAGAGGAAGCCGGAACGCGUGGUGAUGUCGAACAAGCACAAGGCCUUAUGAAACUCUGUGAUAGAUUGAAAGAAGAAAAAGAACAACUAUUGAAACAACAAGAGAACAGUCACUGGUCGAUGACGGCUGAGUUAGCAGCAGCACAGGAGAAGCAGAUGGAAGUGUGUCCAGUGUGCGGCGCGUUCUUGAUCGUCGGUGACGCACAACAGCGCAUCGACGACCAUCUGUCUGGGAAACAACAUGUCGGCUACUUCAAACUGCGGCAAGCCUACGAAGAAAUGAACGAGGCACGCGAGAAGGAACAACAAGAGAAAGAGCGAAAACGUCGAGAAGAGAGAGAAAAGGAGCGCAGUGCUCGUAGCGGCGGCCUCGGCUCCGACCGACGCGACCGGGAGCGUAUGGAACGCGACCGGGAGCGCGAUAGGGACAGGAGUGAGAGAGGAAGCGACCGCGGGGACCGCAGCGAGCGAUCCGAUCGCGACCGGGAAAGGGACAAUGAUAAGAAAGAACGCGAAAAGGAGCCCAAGGAUAAGGAGAGGGAACGGGAUAGGGAUAAGGAGCGUGAGAAAGAUAGGGAACAACGGGAUCGUCAUAGGACGAGUCGUGAGAAGACCAACCGCCACGAGGACCGGGAGCGGGAGCGCGAGCGAGAUCGUGAUAAGGAGCGAGACAGGGAACGUGACCGCAAACACCGCAAGGACCGAAGAUCACCUCACGAGCGCUCGCGGCGACGUUCCCGCGACCGCCACUAGCAAAAUGUCUGAGGUAUCACAAAUGCGCCUGAAAUCGGUAAGUAUACAGCGACUCGCUACACUCCCUACCCUACCAAAGCGAAACGUCCAGGUACCCGCUACAAUGUACACUACCCCAUUCUCAUUCACUACUACUUGACGACAGUUAACCAUCAUUCUGAUCUCAAUGUUAACCCACACUGACACUACUCAACCCUCUCCCCGAAAGAUGAGAAAAUUAAAAGUAAUAAAGUGAACACUGUUGUUUUACAGCUUAUAUGUAGCAUACCAAAAUAUUACUUCGGUAUAUGGCAAACAUAAUGGGGAGUAAUGACACCCAUUGCACUCUCGAUUCGAUAGUUGUCGUCACACCGACGGACUUGGCAGGUAUUUGAUUGGAAUUUUGAAUAGUUGCCGAGAGCCAACAAGGGAGAAGACUUAUUUGUUGAUCGCUGUACAUUUGUCUAUCACAACGAAUGCAUCAGUUGUGUGUUAAGAGUACGAUAGCGAUCUUCCAAUAUGAUCCCUUCAGACGAGCAGUACGCCUCGACGUCGUUUUGAGGUAUUUCACCAUGUUAUGUUUCGCCGUCGUCAUUUGUCGCCAGUCGACUCGUGCCGAUCGCACUUGCCAGGUAUUUGUUAGGCUAUGCGUUCUUCUGAUAAAGGCUUUUGAUGGGGAGAUGUAAAUGUCAUUAGUAAUGAAAUGUUUUUAUUUUGAUAUCGUGUCUGUGAUAUUAGGUCAUGUAAAAGCAAUUGAUUAAAUGUAAAGUUUUAAAUUAUUUCUUAUUGUCGUUGCAUUGCAAACACAUUCAAUGCCAUGUUACGAAGACUUUACGGAGCUUACACAUUGGUGCUCUUUGUAUCACAUGGAUGCUGUUAUCACAUCAUCUACUGUGUAUUUCCAGGUACCCGAAUAAUGUUACGCGAGACAUCAAGUUUUAUUUUGUCUAAAUUCUUACAUUUUCCUUGACAUUGGUUUAAUCUUUCCAAGUGCACUUAAUUACAUUGAAAAACUUUAUGUCAUGCAAUCAAUUAACCUGAACCCCGACAUCCACAAGGAAAUGAAUUGUCAAUGACUGUCUAGCAUUUAUUAAAUUAUUAUUAAGACCAACUGUGAUUUUACUAUAAAAAAAUAUUAUUGACAAGUCAGUUCCGCAUUAUCCUGCUGCUAAGUACCCGUUACUAGCUUGCUCCAUGGACUUUUCAGUUGGAAAGCCAUAGACGAAGAACUCCGGAUCGCGCUGCAACCACCAUCACUGUCAAAGAGGUACUUUUGAAAUUAAGCACCCGUACAGAAGAGGCGAGGCGCGACGCUGUUCCGGAAAAUUCUACAUUCGGCCAUCGGUUUCGAGGUGACAUAGAAUAGUCACACGUAAUAUUAAGAAUUUCAAUGUUAGCACCAAAAGUAUUGGUUUAUAAAAUGCAUGUAGCCCAAAGUCCCGCGUUACAACGGACUUGAUAUAAUUUACGAAUAGAUAUUAAAUGUUUGUAACAGUGUAGACACCACUGAUAUUCGAUCUUUAGGAAGGUCACUGUUCUUUUCUGUAAACCAGUUUCCUCUGAGGAGUCAUUCAGGUAUUUAUCAAAUUAUUUUUUAUCUUUAUCGUAAAAAUGUUAACAUUUAAUUGUGUAUGUUUGGGAUUGAGCUGAUAGCGUAUGUCUUGAAGGAAUAAACCAUGAAUUUAAAAA